CGUGGUGUUCCCGGCGCUUCUCGUUGCCAGGCUCGGGAGGCCCAUUCGGCUGGCUACGGGGUAAGAUGGCGGAGGGGGUGCUGAGCCCCGGGGUGAACCUGGAGGCCUUCUCCCAGGCCAUCGCCGCUAUCCAGGCGCUGCGCUCCAGCGUCACCCGGGUGUUUGACUGCCUGAAGGACGGGAUGCGGAACAAGGAGACGCUGGAGGGCCGCGAGAAGAGCUUCGUCUCCUGCUUCCAGGAGAGCCUGCACUCGGUCAGCCGGGACUUGAGUGAACUGGAACGUCUGAGCAAUCUAGUAGGCAAACCAUCUGAGAACCAUCCUCUCCAUAAUAGUGGAUUGUUGAGCCUAGAUCCUGUACAGGACAAAACUCCUCUCUACAGUCAACUACUUCAGGCCUAUAAAUGGUCAAACAAGUUGCAGUACCAUGCAGGGCUAGCGUCUGGCCUUUUGAAUCAACAGUCUUUGAAACGUUCUGCCAACCAGAUGGGAGUAUCUGCAAAACGGAGACCAAAAGCCCAACCUACAACUCUUGUUUUACCACCUCAGUAUGUUGAUGAUGUGAUCAGCCGCAUUGAUAGGAUGUUCCCUGAAAUGUCUAUCCAUUUAUCCAGGCCAAAUGGAACCUCUGCAAUGCUUCUGGUUACCUUAGGAAAAGUGCUAAAAGUGAUAGUGGUGAUGCGAAGUCUCUUCAUUGACCGGACAAUCGUAAAAGGAUAUAAUGAGGAUGUCCACACUGAAGAUGGCAAGGUUGACAUAUGGUCCAAAUCCAACUAUCAGGUUUUUCAGAAGGUGACAGAUCAUGCAACCACUGCUUUAUUGCAUUACCAGCUGCCCCAGAUGCCAGAUGUGGUGGUCAGAUCCUUCAUGACCUGGUUAAGAAGUUACAUAAAGCUGUUCCAGGCUCCAUGCCAGCGCUGUGGAAAGUUUUUGCAGGAUGGCCUUCCACCCACGUGGAGAGAUUUCCGAACACUUGAGGCUUUUCAUGACACUUGCAGGCAGUAGUAACACAACCCAGUCACUGGUCUUGGAAGAAGGAAAGUGAAUGGGACUUACGGACAGAACAGGCCUUCAGAUGAGCUCUGAAGAAUGCUGAUGAUUCAUUAGUUGAUUCCCUUUCUGGACAUUAAUAUACACAUUUCCUCCUUUAUUGAAGUUUUCUUACUGAGUAGUAAAGCAGCACUAUGCAUUUGGCCAUUAAAAAAGAAGUCUCUGUCCAAGAUACUAAUGAGGCUUUUAUUUAUUUUAUUUUUACUUCAAUUAAUGCACAGGGGAAAAGGUGGGGAAAAGCUACUAUUUUAGGCAGAUUGUACGUGGUCAUACUGGAGUAUUUGUGCUGAAGUCAUUCUCUGGGAUCUGUCAGUUGUAGUCAUUGUCAUGAAUAACUGAAAUUUUAAUGAGAAUAUUCAUGUACAAUGUACAUUUUGCUACAAAAUUUACAAUGGAGGAGAGCUUAUUUUUGUGAACUAUAAAUAACUUUGUAUUCAAAGAGUAUGUGUCAUUUACUUUGUUACCCUGUAACAUACUUUAGGUUCAUUUUGUGUGUGUUUCACAGAUUUUGACUUUUUAAAAAAACUGGAAUAAUUUUAAAAAAAAAAUGCUAUUGGAAUUUUUUUUUUUUUUUUUUGCAAGGAUGGUUUUCUGUGCUGCUCUUAUUCUGGAAGAGAGCAGCGUGUUGAUAAACAUGAAAUUUCAAAGGCAUGUGACAGCUUGGAAGAUGAAUUGUACUUUUUGAGAGAGGGAACAGAUGUUUCCCUUUACUAAAAUUGUAAUGAAAAAUGUUAGCAAAAUCUGUGUGUAUUGAGCAGUUAUAAAGUAUGCGGUGAGCAGUCACUGUGUGUCUAAUUCGUUUGCCCUGUUGUAGUAUUGAAAGUUGUAAAAUAAAUUUAGUCCUUAAGCACA